AGGGACUGGAAGCUCCCGGUUCUCCCAUCGCAUCCAGCUGACGCCCGCAGCUCUCUCUACCUCCUGCACCCCUACGCCUGCCCACGAUGGUCGCCUCUGCGAAGCUCUGGCCCAUGCUGGUUGCCGUGACCCUCUGCGUGCUGUCCUGCUUGGGGACGCUGGUGGAAGCCUACCCCCCGAAACCAGAGAACCCCGGAGACAACGCCUCCCCGGAAGAAAUGGCCAAAUACUUCUCUGCCCUGCGCCAUUACAUCAACCUAGUGACGAGGCAGCGGUACGGGAAGAGAUCCAGCCCUGAGGCCUUGAUGUCCGAGCUGCUCUUCGGGGACAGCAGCGACCACACCGGCAGAUCGCGGUACGAGGACUCCUACCUAUGGUGACGGGCUCCCCCCUCCCCGCCCCCCACAGCCUAUUUUUAAAUGUUCCAAGUCUUUU